AAAUUAUAAAUUAUUUAAUCAAAAGUUGUUUUAAAAAAUAAAAGAAAAGCAAAUAAAAGAAUAUGUCAAAAAGUAUAAAUAGUAUAGAGAUGGAAUUGUCUUUACCUCCAACUCCACCGAUGGAUUUAAAUGACUCUAAUUCAAGCUGUGCAAAUGAAUUUCAAAAAAUUGAUGAAUUUAAUUCACUCAAACGGAAGUUAAACAACAAUACAGGCAUACCAAAAGGUUUAAUUACACCAAAUCCCUCUGAUGAAGAGGACAAUGAAACUGAUUUACCACCUCAGAAACGUUUAUGUGCUAGAAACUCUCGUUUGACGUCCGAACCUUCAUCAUUUACACCACCACCAGAAGAAUUAAGCAUCUAUUCAAAUAUAGAAUAUCAAAGAAAAAUUGAAACGAUUCCAGCACAAAGAGUAAGUGUUAUUAUGCGUGCAAACAAGGAUGGUACAUGCAUAACUCCUGCAACUGAAGUCAUUAACCCUAAGUAUGAUGACAAUGACAUUAAUUUAAAUGUUUUUCGAUGUGUAAAAUAUAAAAUGGGAAGAAAAAGCAGUAAUUCAUCUUCUAUCAUGUAUAAUAAUGAUAAGAAUAUAAAGUCUUUGGACAAUCCCUCAAAAAAUCUUUACGAUUCAUCAAUGCAUGGAAGGACUGAAAAUAAAAUAACAGAUUUUACACCCAUUCUAUCUGAAAAAAAAUCGCCAGCACUUUUACUAAAAGUUUCUCAAAACAUCGAUCACAAUAAUCAGCAAAUUCCAAUGUUUGUCCCAAAAGUAGCAUCACAAAAUAUUUUCUUCACAACACAACCAAGUAAUAAUAUUACUACAACUAGGAUUUUACUACUACCAUCGUCUAAUGUAUCAUCAACAAUGAUUACAACUCCUUCAACACAACCUUCAAAAUCAUUAAAUUUAUGCAUUCAACAACCUGCUCAAGAACGUCGGCGUAUAUUCGAAUGCAGUUACCCUAACUGUGGAAAAAACUACUUCAAAUCCAGUCAUUUAAAAGCUCAUACUCGUAGUCAUACAGGUGAAAAACCUUUUUGCUGUAAAUGGUUGGGUUGCGGAAGACGUUUUUCAAGAUCAGACGAAUUGUCACGUCACAAACGUACUCAUACUGGAGAGAAAAAAUUUUCAUGCAACGUGUGCGAGCGACGUUUUAUGAGAUCUGACCAUUUAUCAAAGCAUGUAAAACGUCAUAACAAAGAAAAGACUAAAACAAAAUCAAACGUGAGUUUACCUAACUCAUUAAAUCCAUCACUUGCUGUGCAAACACCACGACCUAUAAUUCCUGCAAUUGACCUGUCAUCAAAUACAAACCAAUAUAAUUUUGGUAUAUGCUAAGUUGUUAUGAUCUCAUGACGAGAUUUGCAUUUCUUGCUUCUUUGAGUGGCAAAAAAAAAUUAUCGAAAAAACAUGAAAGUUUAAAUUAAUUAUUGUUUUGAUGAUGCAAAUAUAUGCACUUUUAACUCAGUUUUAUGAAAUGUCCCUGCAAAAAAUA